AUGGACGAAUUGCUCUACGGUUCCUCUUUACUAGCUGGGUACCUCAUUUUGACUGUGAUGACGCGAAGUGGUAUCAUUACCAAAGAAGAUCUUGCUUCAUACAAACCAACUCUAUAUGAAGAGAUGACGAACAACCACUUUCGCGGUGAUCUCGUCAUGUGCGGUGGACCACCUCCAGCUUCGUUUUCUGUAACUCAGCUUAUCGUAUCAGUCAUGAGCGGUGAGCUUCUUGAUCCAUAAUU